CCUUUAUUAUCACGAAUUCCCGAUAUUCUUCGCUAACCAUCCCCACAUAGACGCAAACACACUUGCCUUCCUCUAGUUCUGUAAUUUCAGUUCCCUUCUGUGCAUUGUAUCUUUUCGAGUCCUCUUCCUUCUCAAAUCCUUCAUUAAGUAGCUGAAUCAAAAUGGUGGCUCUGGUUUCCCAAGAUAAUGCCGUCGUGUUGGUCUCUCGCACCGGCCGGCAAUUGCAGCGUUACAGAAAAGGUCGCCGUCAAGUCGUCGGGUGUAUACCAUACAGAUAUAAAUUCGGUGAAGAAGCUUGUUUGAAGGAGUCAGAAGAGUUUGGAUUAGAAGUUCUAGUUAUCAGUUCUCAGAAAGGCAACGGAAUGCUGUUUCCAAAGGGAGGCUGGGAACUGGACGAAUCCAAAAAGGAGGCAGCUUUGCGAGAGACCAUUGAAGAAGCUGGUGUGCGAGGCAUUGUUGAGCAGGGUAAAUUGGGGAAAUGGAGUUUCAAGAGCAAAACUCAUGAUUCAUUCUAUGAAGGCUACAUGUUCCCCCUUCUUGUUCAGGAGCAACUUGAGUUCUGGCCAGAGCAAAACGUCCGUGAUAGAAUUUGGAUGAGUGUGGCUGAGGCAAGAGAAGUUUGUAGACAUUGGUGGAUGAAAGAUGCAUUAGACAGACUGGUGAAUCGUCUCAAGACUCAAAGAUAUGCAGCUGAAGAUGAUGAGUCACAACUCAAAUCAGAAUUGUAAAUAGUGAAUUUUGUGGAGGAUGGGAUAGAAGAUGGAGCUGUUUUUCUUGGCUUUGUCUCGAAGGAAUCAGCUGCGGAAUUAGUAGGGAUCCAAACAAGGACGAGGGAAUUGUCAAUUCCGUCCGUGUAACCAAUCAGGAAUUUCACGUUCAAUGUACCUGCAUGUAGCCAACGUGAUUCUGAUUAGUUAUUAAUCAAGAAACAACACCCCCCCCGGGGGGGGGGGUUUGUCUGUAGUAUUGGUUUUCCAGUUUGGUGCCAUCAGCAGGAGAAGCUGUGGUGUGGGUUUGACGGCGCUGUAAAUUGACCUAGAAAGUGUAUGAAGUGAUUGAGAACUUGAAAUUUGGAAACCUUCAACUUAUUGGGUUUGUUAUAACUCACAAAAUUCCGUUGUAA